GCAAUCAGUGGACAAAUUCAAGUGAUACAGAGGUGCCUUGGGGAACAAGAAGGGAUUCCACGUCUUCGUUAUGUUGAUCAACAGCUUAGACAGCAAAAGGCACUUCAGCAACUUGGUGUAAUGAGACAAGCUUGGAGGCCUCAGAGGGGUCUCCCCGAAACCUCUGUCUCAAUACUUCGCGCUUGGCUUUUCGAGCAUUUUCUUCACCCGUAUCCCAAGGAUUCAGAGAAAAUCAUGCUGGCAAGACAGACAGGCCUGACCAGAAACCAGGUGGCAAAUUGGUUCAUCAAUGCACGGGUGCGGCUAUGGAAGCCGAUGGUUGAAGAAAUGUAUAAAGAAGAGUUUGGUGAUUCUGAUAACAUAAGCUGCAAUAUUCCAUCCGAAGGCAUUGUGAAACGUAAAAGAGAUGAUGCUGAAGCCUCUGAUAACAAAGGGGAAGAUGAUUCACAAGACAAUUUAGUAACCAUUGCUGAUAGUGUCCAACAAGAAGGGCAUUUUCAUAAACAUACAUCAUGUUCCGUGGAUGAGAACAACAAUAAUGGGGUUUAUAGUUGUGGAAGCAUAAUGGGUUGUAGCACUAGUCCUGCUGCAUAUGAUUUUGCAGAGUUGGGUAACUUUACAUCUACCAUGGGUGGCCACGUGUCUCUUGCAUUGGAAUUGAGGAACUGUGAAAGGGAUGGGUUUGGUGGCAUGUCUGAUAAUGAUGGCAUCCACAAGAAAAGACGUAAUCAUUGUGUAGAUAUAUUUCUCACUUUGUAA